GUUGUCAAAGGUGUCUUAGUAAGCAGUGUAGGGAAACAGAAAGUCAAGCAACUCAGGGAGCUUAAAUCUUCUUAUCUAAAAAUGAAGACAUUAAAAUCUCUUGUCACAGUAAAUGAACUAACGACACCCUGACGAUUUGUCAGUUACAGUUCAGGUUUUCCUACCCUGGCACUGGUUUCCAAGAGGUGUCUGUUCUGAGUCCUGCCUAUCCACCCUCUACCAAAGUCAAUUCUUCUCCACGAUAUCAAGCAUAAUCUCUUCAAAUGUGUUUGAACACUUAAAAAGCUGUAACGUGGAGUUAACUUCAAGGAAUUAAAGUCUCAUAUAUAACACUCUGGGCGGUCAGUUCAUGAAGAGCUUUUGUUGGCUAAGGGGAAUUGAAGAAGAAAUCACAGAGAGGAGGAGCUUAAAGGAAGACUCCUGCUGAAUAUGAACCAGACCUCUUGGAAACCACCUUCAUCAGACCUGGGAGUUUGAAGGAAGCAGGUGCUGAACCUUAGUUUUUUCCCAGAACAAGAAAAAUGGGCUGCGAUCGAAACUGUGGGCUCAUCGCUGGUGCUGUCAUUGGUGCAGCCCUGGCUGUGUUUGGAGGUAUUCUAAUGCCAGUUGGAGACAUGCUUAUUGAGAAGACAAUUAAAAAGGAAACUGUCCUUGAAGAAGGUACAAUUGCUUUUAAAAAUUGGGUUAAAACAGGCACAACAGUUUACAGACAGUUUUGGAUCUUUGAUGUGCAGAAUCCAGAGGAGGUGGCAGUUAACAGCAGCAAAAUUAAAGUUAAGCAAAGAGGUCCUUACACAUACAGAGUUCGUUAUCUAGCCAAGGAAAAUAUAACCCAUGACUCUGAGACCCACACGGUCUCUUUCCUACAGCCCAACGGUGCCAUCUUUGAACCCUCACUAUCAGUUGGAACCGAGAAUGACACUUUCACUGUUCUCAAUCUGGCUGUAGCAGCUGCACCCCACCUCUACCCAAACGUAUUUAUUCAAGGAGUACUCAAUUCACUUAUCAAAAAGUCAAAAUCUUCUAUGUUUCAAAAGAGAACUUUGAAAGAACUAUUGUGGGGCUAUAAGGAUCCAUUCUUGAGUUUGGUUCCAUACCCUAUUCCCACUACAGUUGGUGUGUUUUAUCCUUACAACAAUACUGCAGAUGGAGUUUAUAAAGUUUUCAGCGGAAAGGACGACAUAAGCAAAGUUGCCAUAAUCGACACAUAUAAAGGCAAAAAGAAUCUCUCCUAUUGGCCAAGUUAUUGUGACAUGAUUAAUGGUACAGACGCAGCAUCAUUUCCACCUUUCAUUGAGAAGACCCAGGUAUUGCAGUUCUUCUCCUCUGACAUUUGCAGGUCAAUCUAUGCUGUGUUUGGAGCCGAAAUUAAUCUGAAAGGAAUACCUGUGUAUAGAUUUAGUCUUCCAUCCUUGGCUUUCGCAUCUCCAGUUCUAAAUCCAGACAAUCACUGUUUCUGCACAGAAAAAAUUAUCUCCAAAAAUUGUACUUCAUAUGGUGUGCUAGAUAUUGGCAAAUGCAAAGACGGAAAACCUGUGUAUAUUUCACUUCCUCAUUUUCUAUAUGCAAGUCCUGAUAUUUCACAACCUAUUGAAGGCUUAAGUCCAAAUGAAGAAGAACACAGCACGUACUUAGAUGUUGAACCUAUAACUGGAUUUACCUUACGAUUUGCAAAACGGCUGCAGAUCAACAUAUUGGUCAAACCAGCAAGAAAAAUUGAAGCAUUAAAGGGUCUGAAGCAGAACUAUUUUGUGCCUAUUCUUUGGCUUAAUGAGACUGGUACCAUUGGUGAUGAGAAGGCAGAAAUGUUCAGAAAUCAAGUGACUGGAAAAAUAAACCUCCUUGGCCUGGUAGAAAUUACCUUACUCAGUGUUGGUGUGGUGAUGUUUAUUUUUUUUAUGAUUUCAUACUGUGCAUGCAGAUCAACGAGAGUAAAUUAAGAAGCAAAUGAGUCGACAUUUAUGCACCAGCUACAUGAGGACCUUUCUUAAUAUCGACCUACAAAAUGAAGAUUUAAUAUGCUUUAUGUUUGCAAAACACACCUUAUCUUACAGUUGAAGAACUGGCGGCACUUUUGUUCUCUGCACUGAGCAGCAGCACGUUUCUAAAGGAUUAUUAAGAUGUCAUUAAAAUCCACACUUUGAACAAAAAGCAGUAACUUUUAAAAUUCAACAUGUUCACAAUGGAAUGGAUUUCAGUUUCUACAGAUGUGGCUUCAGCAUGAUCCAGUUAUUUUUAUUUGGUACUGAUUCACUGAUUGGUUCCCUUUUGCUAAAUUCAGAAAAGGGGUGGAUGUUCUAAACAAAUCCUGGACCCUGAACUCUUGUCGUCCUCAUCAAAGGGAAAAACAUCACUACCCUCAUCAGUGUCCCUGCAAUACACAGACCCCAGGACUGCCAGGACAUUGCAUUUCAUGAGCAUGAGCCAUUUUGAAAGACAUUUAAAAAUGGAAACUAAAUGACUGGCCUAUGAACCAUUUAUUAUACAUUACUUAAGUUUCUUUCUCUAUGGAAUCCUUUGUACAGCAUCAGUAGGCACUAUAACCAUGCUGUUUAUAACAAUAUGGGCGUAUAUUUUUAUCAAUGAUCAUACAAAUGGACAUUUUUGGGACUGUCAUUUUCCAUGUUCUGCAGUUCUUUUGGAAAUCUGAGUAGAUUUUGAUCUUUUCACUCAGUUGUAUACAACUUAUGCUUGGCAACUUCAGAAUGCUGUGCUAGUAUUAAGAGAUGUAAAUGAUAAUACAGAAAUUAUUGUGUGGGAGAUUACAAA